UAUUAAUUGACAAUAGCUAAUUGAUGACUGAAACACGUCAUAACAAACCUAUUUGUAUGUUUAGAUUAUAGUCUGCAUGAAGCCAUCAAUUCCAAAUGGAAGCACUGUAUCAUCAAACAAAUCAUCUUUUGAAAGAAAUAGAGCAAAGCUUUCAAAGGUUGGUUCAGACGGCAGGCCAGCCCAACAGCUAUGAUAUCGAGAAUGAAAUACAAAUGAAAAUAACACAAGCCAACACUAACUGUGAUCGAUUAGAUGUACUACUUUAUAAGGUUCCGGCUUCACAAAGACCAUCUUCAAAGAUGAGAGUGGACCAAUUGAAAUACGAUGUCAGACAUUUGCAAAGUAGUCUUCAAAUGUAUAGGGAAAAGCGACAAAAGAAGCAACAGGAAUUAUCUGAAAGGGAACAGCUUCUAAGUCACCGAUUCACAGCAAACAAUACAGAGACAUGUUUGGACCUUGAUUAUGCGCUGCAACAUAACCAACAACUGGGCAAUGCCCAUCAAGGUGUUGACGAAAUGAUAUCAACCGGCAGCAACAUCUUAUCCAGUUUGGUUAAUCAGCGAACCACUCUUAAAGGAGCUCAAAAACGGCUUAUGACAAUUGGUAGUACUUUAGGAUUGUCCAAUCAUACUAUGAAAUUGAUCGAAAGGCGUUUUGUUGAAGACAAAUAUAUUAUGUUCGGUGGGAUGUUUGUUACCCUCUUGGUAAUCUGCCUAGUUAUAUACUUUUUUGUUUUGUAACUAAAGACUUGAGAAUCUUAA